ACCCACUGAAGGUUAGGCCAUGGAUCCAAACCAAUCGUUGCAGUACUCUUCUUCUUCAAACCCGCUUUCUCACGUGCACAGCUUCAUGCACGUGCCCCCAACCAUGUUCCCUCGCCAAAGGCAGUCGUCCCAUGAGGUAAAAAGGCAGCAAUUGCAGUUGUUCUGGCAGCAACAAAUGCUAGAAGUGGACCAAAUUACAGAGUUUAAGCAGCAUCAGCUUCCACUUGCAAGGAUCAAGAGGAUUAUGAAGUCAGAUGAAGAUGUGAAGAUGAUAAGUGCCGAUGCGCCUGUCUUAUUUUCGAAAGCAUGUGAGCUUUUCAUCCUGGAGCUCACACUGAGGUCAUGGUUGCAAACAGAAGAGAACAAGCGUCGCACUCUGCAGAGGAGCGACAUUGCACAUGCUAUAACCCAAACUGAGGUUUUAGAUUUCUUGAUCGACGUCGUUCCAAUGGAUGAUGAAAAGGAGGAGGAAGAAUCUGGAGGGAAUUGGGCAAGCAAUGAAGCUUUUCCUUGCAAUGCAAUGCAUUUCCCUUUGAUGCAAUCAACCACCUUCAACCGAAGUGUUCAUGAAGAAUUCAUGAGCAGGCAACAAGAAGUCCCUCCGCCGUUCAUGAUGCAGCAUCACAUGUCCUCGACCCAAGGCCUCUACGAGCCUUCCCAGUGAGGAACGAAGGAACGUGACUGUUUGGCGACGAUGGGAGAAAUGGCACCGAGAGAGACAGAGAGAGAGAGAGAGAGUUCUUGUGUGUGUGUUGGAG